AUGGCCAACAGAAUAGAUUUAGUGGAGAUACACGCAGGUGGGAGCUAUGGAUCAGAAUUUGAAACAGACAGCGAAAAUGAAAGACAGAGGUCAAAGAAGGAAUCACUGAAGGGUCUUGUAUCAAAAAAGAAGAAGACUACAGAUGGCGUUGUCAGUAAACAUGAACUGGAGAAGGAAUACAGCAAGGAGGAAGGUAGAACUCACAGGUUCAAGAUUUUAAGUCUGGAUGCAUUUUCCAGACAUAAACAGUUUGUCAACAACUAUUUGCUAUAUUAUGGAGGUUCGAGAGAGGACUUCAGAAGAGAUAGUUCGGGUGAUAAAACAGAUUUCGAUGUGAUACGUGAGAAUCAUCGUUUUCUUUGGAAUGAGGAAGAGGAUUCAGAAGACAGUUGGGAGAAACGACUGGCAAAGAAGUACUAUGAUAAAUUAUUUAAGGAGUAUUGCAUAGCUGACCUUAGCAGGUAUAAAGAAAACAAGGUUGGCAUGAGAUGGAGGACAGAAAAGGAAGUGGUGGACGGAAAAGGCCAAUUCAUCUGUGGUAACAAGAAGUGUUUAGAAACCAGCAGCUUGAGAACGUGGGAGGUCAACUUUGGCUAUGUGGAAAAUCAGGAGAAGAAAAAUGCCCUUGUAAAAUUACGUCUGUGUCCUGAUUGCUCAUAUAAACUGAACUACCAUCACAGACGAAAAGAGGUAACAAAACAGCCAAAGACAAAGAGAAAAUUAGAAGGGGAUUCGGAAAAAUACUUUAAAAAACCAAGAUCAGAGAGUUCCGGCAGGGAAGAGGAUGCUGCUUCCUCAUCCACACCUGAUGCGAGAGACGCAGGCGAAGCCAGCAGGACACAGCCACAGCAGGAUGAAGCCAACAUAUGGAAAGGGCCAGCUAAAAUACAGGAGGACAAAUCAAGAGAUGAAGAGUUUGAAGACUAUUUUGAGGGUAUGUUCUUAUAGCUAAUGAGCAGACUGAUUUUUCCUGGAAUCUGUGCUGGCGAGAUGUACAUUCCCACAACGACAGAUUCUUAACUGUGCUGCAGUCCUGCGGAGGUCAGCCGGUAAAUUCUUGUAUCAAAUGGACUAUAGGGCGCUUGCUGUGGCCAAGUUGUUAAUGUGUUAUCCUUUAAUUUACUUGGUCAUUGAAGAGGUGGGUUCAGGAUCAUUCUCUGAUACAGAACUGUGUUCUCUCCACAUUCCGAUGUCUUCUUAAAAUUUGCAAUGAUGCCUCCUACAUAGCCCAUUUCAAAAAACGACUUACAGUAGUACUCUGUGGUCAAAUCCCACUACUCCAGAGCAUAGCCUGCAACUCUUUGUGGGUAAGGAGUCAGGAGAAAAACAUUUAUACAUGUACAUAGAAAAAUCCACAGCCUUACAACAAAAUACGCAUGUUAGAUGUUAGACUGCACAAGGCUCAUCAACCACAUAUUGUCGACAAGGCCACAAGGGAGUACUGGUACAAUAAAUAAGCUGCCAAAGGUCAAGUGGGAACCUGCACUUUGUGUUUCAUCAUAAUAACAGUGCAGUUUGAUGUACAGACCAAAAGUUCUCAGGAGAAACCUUCUUUAAGCAGUUGUGAGUCUAGUUGUUCAAUACUGUUUUAAGAUGUCAUACCUGGAAUUGAUUCCACAAAGACAUUUCAGUCAAAAUUUUAUAUACAAUCUUAAAGCCUAUUUUACUGUUUUUUGAAGCAAAAUUUUGUCCAACUCAUGGAGUGUUAUGCUUAGUGAAAUGUAUCCAAAUUUGAACUUUCAGUUCCAAUAACUGAGCGAUUGUGAAGAUUUAAAAUGUUGACUUAGGUCAGAAAUGGCUUUAUGGAAUCAGUCCCAGAUUUUGACUUAUUUGUACUUAGCCACAAACCAUUUGUGUAACUGUGUAUUAAAGAUUUACCAAAUCUGCUGCUGUUAUUACCUGCUGGAUUUUGAUGAAAUCUUAAAUACAUAAUCUGAAGUAAUACUGGUAUUAAACAUGUGUUUUAAAAGCAAGGUUAAGUGACAAGGAUAGAGAUAGUAGGAAUUGCUUUCUUAAAUUAUUAAAAAAAUGAAUUGUAUUAAAGCCGCUGUUGUUACUUCUGGAGGAUAUUACGGAAACAGAAGUUCUCUGUCGAUUCCCAUUUUGCCUGGUGUGACGUCUUGCAAGAACACUUGACGUCACCCAUCACUGACGUAUAGCAACAAAUGACGGUGUACUUUCAAACGCGCCUUACUCAGUCAUAUCAGCUUCAUUCAUUAUCACAUACGGAAUA